GCUCGCUGAGCCCACUUACAGCACUGCCAGCCGGACACUCAUUCACUCUGUAGGCUCUGCUCACAGUACUAAUGGUCAGUGAAAUAGAGAGACAGGCGGCCGGGGUCUCCACGAAUGCAGAAACAAACAAACAAGGAGCAAUGGACAGCACAGGACAGGCUACCACCCGUGAAACUGAUGAAAAUGCAGUAAAUAAAGUAACUGCUGAAGAUGAGCAAAGCUGUCAAGAUGUGUUUGAUGUGAAGAUUCAGUUGCCUGGAGGAGAUAUUGUUGACAUGCAGGUGUCUCCUAAAGAGCUGAUUCAAGAGAUUAUCCAGGUUUUGAUGGAACAUGAAGACUCUUGUCACCGAACUUGUUUCUCACUGCAGUUUGAAGGCAAUGUGCUGGACAACUUCUCAGAGCUAAGAACUGUGGAAGGCGUAAAAGAUGGCUCUGUUUUAAAAGUGGUAGAAGAGCCAUACACAAUCAGAGAAGCUCGGAUUCAUAUUCGUCAUUUCCGGGACCUGCUAAAAAGUUUAGAUCUAACUGAUGCUUACAAUGGUGUGGACUGCAGCUCUCUUUCAUUUCUGAACAACAUCUCAGAGGGUGAUAUUGGAGAUUCUCUCGCUCAUGAAAACAAUGGCAAGAAGAAAAAACGCUCUUCUACAGAACAAGGUCUGGAAGCUAUUGAUUGUUCUCCUCCAGAUUAUAUACUCCCAGGGAGUACGGAACGUCCAUUGCAACCACUCCAACCAUUCACAAUGGAUAGCAAGCCUCCUCAGUGCCUUAAAUCCUUGAUGAUGAGUGGAUGGAAUCCCCCACCUGGCAAUCGCAAAAUGCAUGGAGAUCUGAUGUACCUGAGUGUUAUAACAAUGGAAGAUCAUCAUAUCAACAUUACUGCAUCCAACCGUGGAUUUUACAUUAAUCAGUCGACAGCAGAGGUGUUCAACCCUAAACCUGCUUCUCCAAGCCACUUAUGUCACAGUAUUGUGGAGCUGUUAAACCAGGUCAGCCCAGCAUUCAAGAAAAACUUUGCAACUCUGCAAAAAAAGAGGGUGAAUCGUCAUCCACUGGAGCGAAUAGCAACACCCUAUCAGGUUUACAGCUGGGUGGCUCCCAGCAGCAACCACAAUAUUGACUGUGUCAGAGCAGAAGAUGCCUACAAUUCACGGCUGGGUUAUGAAGAACACAUUCCAGGACAGACUAGAGAUUGGAAUGAAGAAUUACAGACUACAAGAGAGCUCCCCCGGGAACUCCCAACAGACCAGCUCCUGCGGCAAAGAGCCAACUUUAAGAUCAACUCUGAUUUUGUUGGUGCAUCCACCAGAGGAGCUAUGGCCGUAAUUGAUGGUAAUGUUAUGGCAAUCAACCCUGGGGAAGAGACCAAGAUGCAGAUGUUUAUCUGGAAUAACAUAUUCUUCAGCUUUGGCUUUGAUGUGAGGGAUCACUACAAGGACCUCGGAGGAGAUUAUGCGGCCCAUGUAGCUGCCAGCCAUGACCUUAAAGGUGUUCAGGCCUACAGCGAUUUAGACAUUGAGGAACUGUAUGUUUUAGGAACCGUGGUUCUGGACUACAGAGGCUACCGUGUAACUGCUCAGUCAAUCAUACCAGGGAUUCUAGACCGUAAAGAAGACCAAAGUGUAGUUUAUGGAUCAAUUGAUUUUGGCAAAACAGUUUCAACCAGUUUAAAAUAUCUCACUUUACUCCAGAAAUCAAGUAAACCACUCAAAAUUAUGAGACACAUGGUACUGGAUGAGAAGGAUGAAGAAGUAAUGCUUUGCUCAUCUGUCGAGUGCAAGGGGAUUGUGGGAAAUGAUGGAAGGCAUUACAUUCUAGAUCUCCUACGAACCUUCCCUCCUGAUGUUAAUUUCCAUCCUCUGUAUGAAGGAGACACACCAAGGGAAUGCAGCCAUAGGUUUCCUAAGCCAUAUCGCCACCAGCUAUGCAGUUUACGCCCAGAACUGAUUGAAUUCUUUAUUCAACACAAAUAUGCACAGUUUAUGAAAAUUGUUAUGGACAAGACAAAGAGUGCAGGCUCGAAGGUAAAUGAAGAUGCCGCCAAUGAUGCUGAACAGCAGGGAGUGGAUGUUAUAAGAGAAGCAUGUCGAGAAGUCGGUUCCGUCUUGGAUUACGUUUUUGAUAUGCGUUUUAAUUCGGAUGUCUACUCAUCUGUUGUGCGAUUUCCGGAAUCCCAGUACCAAGCCAAUCAGUUGCAGAAACGCUUACUAGGUGAAGCCGCUUCAUUCACCCUGACUGUGCAAAUUCCUACUUUUAUAAAAAGCUGUUUGAAUCAUAUUAUUGUUCCCAUGGAUGGCAAAACACUCACGGAGGCUAUUCAUGCUCAUGGGAUUAAUGUCCGAUACCUAGGAACAAUUGCUGAGACGAUUGCUGAACUGGAAGAUCGACAGCCCUUGGAUUAUAUUUAUAGAAUUGUGAUCAUGGAGAUAGUUACACGUUCAACAAAACUCAUUUUACGCAACUACCUUCAGGGAGUCGAAAUGUCAGCCUUAUCAGCCGCUGUUAGUCACUUCCUGAAUUGCUUUUUGAGCUCAUAUCCUAACCCUGUGGCUCACCUACCUCCGGAUGAGCUACUGUCCCGGAAACGAAAGGGCAAGAGGAAGAUUCGUCCACUUGAGAAUGGAGACAGUACAGCAUGGACCACUAUGACUCCAGCAGAUCUCUGGAAACAAAUUGUUCAGAAGACCAAAGAGAGCUUUGAUUUCACUCUGCCAUGUGACUCUGUAGAUCAGCUUGUCGAGAACUUUAAUCUGCAGAAGGUGUCUCUUCUACGAGAAUUAUGUGUGAAAACUGGAAUACAGAUUUUGCUGCGUGAAUACAACUUUGAAAGUCGCCAUAAACCAGCUCUGACAGAGGAAGACAUUUUAAAUAUGUUUCCAGUUGUCAAACACAUAAAUAUCAAAGCCAAAGUUGCAAAUGAACUGCUCAGUAAAGCCCAAAUCACCAUCCAGCAAGGUGGUCUAAAAGAAGGCGUGGUCUUACUGAAUGAGGCACUGGUGCAGUUUAACAGUGUGUAUGGGGCUGUGCAUCCAGAGAUUGCAUUGUGCUUGCGUCUGCUUGCCAGAAUUAAGUUCAUACUGGGAGAUAUUGCUGAGGCUCUAGAUAACCAGCAAAAAGCUGUGAUAAUGAUAGAGAGGACUUUGGGAUAUGACAACUCCAACACUGUUCAGGAUUAUGUCCUCCUUUCCCUGUACUGCUUUGCCAGUGGACAGCUGCCAGUCGCUUUGAAACUAUUGUACCGUGCUCGCUACUUGAUGCUGUUAAUAGCAGGAGAAGAUCACCCGACCAUGGCUACAUUAGACAGCAAUAUUGGCAUAGUUCUUCAAGCUGUCCUCGAGUGUGACUUAUCAUUGAGAUUUCUUGAGAACGCUUUGGCCAUCAACAAGAAGUAUUAUGGAAGCAAAUCACUGGAUGUUGCCCUAAGCCAUCACUUGAUAGCCCUGGUUCACACAACUAAAGCAGAAUUCAGAACAGCAAUGCAACAUGAAAAAGAAACCUAUACAAUAUACAAAUUACUGCUUGGUGAUUCCCACGAACGUACAAAGGAGAGCUCCACAUUCCUGAAACAUGUCACACAACAAGCAGUAAAUCUACAGAGAACAAUGAAUGAGAUCUACAAGAAUGGAUCCCUUGCCUCGUUAUCUCAUGUCCAGAUUGUUCCCCCCGGGGUUGAUACAUUGUUGCAGCAUCUCAACCUUCUAAAUGGUAUCAUUCGAAUCAAUCUAAGUCUUCGUGAGGUAGAGGGCAAUACCAAUUCUGCAUUAGAACAGGAUCCUGCAUUGCAGGCUAUGGAGCAGUUGGAAGAUGCAGUUGAUGAACAGAUAGAGGAAACUAGUGAGGAGCAAACGAAAGGUGGUGCUGCUGCUGCUGAAGAAUAGAAAUGGCACAGAAGAGCACAGUUGAUAAUGAUCAGCAACAGUGGUCAUUUACCCAAUAUUUCAUAUGAGACUGUAUCUUAUCUCUUCAAUUGCAGGAACUCGCACUGUAUCACAAAACAUAUUUUCUCUGGACCUCUCUGAACUUAAAUUCUAUUUCGUCUUACCAGUCACUUUCCGCAGAGGUAAAUCAAGAGGGACAAUCGCAUACUGUGACUUCCAUAUGCCUUUCUGUGAAUAGGUGGCUUUUUUAAAACUUUGUGAUAGUUUUUUUUGUUUUGUUUUUAUAUAUGCAGUUAUGCUGAUUAACAUGACAUACCGGGUAUUCUGGAAUACCAUAUCUUUUAUGUAGAAUAAUUAGCAUGGUGAUCAGUUACGCAUUUUACAGUAAAUGUCCAUGAAUCUUGGACAAAGAUGAUGGUUACUUUGUAUGGCACUUGUCAUACUCGCACAGCUUAAAUAAUAGGAAUUUUGUACAUGUUGGAGGCAGGAUUGCAAACAAAGUUACAAAAUAAGUUUUUUUGAUCCUAUGCAUACAUGUAUAACUUAGGGGUCAUGAGCUA